AUGUCCUCCACACGCCCGGGACCACCGCAGUCACCUCCCCCCCGUCCUCUCAACGUUAAUGAGAUCUCCAAGCAUUUGUUCGCGAUCGAAAAUCGCUGGAACGGCGUCGCCACUACAGAAGACGAAGACGCUCAAUCGGAAACCACACAGACGACCUCUACGCUUGAUGGUGACGGCAUAGAUACUCCCCGGGCAUCAGAGUGCCAGGAUGAUGAUGAAGAGGAUGAGAUGGUGAGCAAAGUUAUUGCGAAUCUCCACGCCAAGAUCGAAGCCGUGAAGAGACACAAAAAGGUUGCGGCUGAGGUGGCUACAUUGAGGAAGCUUCUAGCUGAGAAGGAGAAGGAUUUGGCCGAAUGCGAAAGGAUUAUGACCCUCGAACUUGGACAGGUUUCGGGGUGA